UAUAGGCUUUUCAAUGUUUGGGAUCAGUUAGACAUACAAACUGGUCAGCUAAUAUGCACACUAUAUAUAAUGAGAAUCAUGUCACCAUUACAAAGUUUUCCUUACAUCAUACAGGCAUAAUUAGCAGCAAUAAAAUAUAUUUCAAUAUGGUGGUUAUGGAAUUUAUUUCCAAAGAAAUACUUCUUUGUUUAAGGGCAUCGGUUUUAAGCAAUAGAGUGGCAAAGAGUACUGUGUUACACACUGUCUGAGAGCAAUAGUAGACUCACACUAUCCAUCUGUAUCGUGUUACCUCCCUUUCCUACUCUUUUGUUACUCCCGAAGAGCAAGAAAGGUGUUUCUUGGUGACUACACAAUUACUUGCUUGUAGCAACUAUUUUUUUUUUAGUACCACAGGCAACAUAUACCACUGUACUUGGGAUGUGGACUUGUUUGGGUAUAUUAAAUUACUUUAGUGCUGCUUAGUAAUUCCCUGUUAAAAAGAGGAAUGAUGAAAAGGAUAAUUUACUGCAAACAAAAAGGUAAAAUCCUUAUAGACAUGUUCAAGUCUCUUUUAGGGGAAAAUUCAGGCCAAGUCGUUAUACUCUGCAGUCCUUUGGUCGGUUUGGGGUUUUUACAAAUUUCCAGGGCUGUAGAAUGAAAUCCCAUUACACGUGCUGUUUGGCAUACUUUUACCCAUGUUUUGGCUGCCUUGCAACUGGUGGUCUGUGGUUUAAAAACAUGGAACAGUAAUGCAUACAAUCAGUUGAAUUAAAUCUGCCUCCAGCUGUUCAUAGUUGGCGUAUUAAAUUACCCCUGUUGAAAAGCAGAUGAAUUUGAAGAAGGCCUAUGCUGGCUGUGCUUUUUGCAUGUUUAAUCUUUGGGGAUUUUUAUUUUUAGUUCAUGUUUAGUUAAUAUUUUCCCAUGUCAAAACAAGAUGAAUGUCAGGCAAAAGCACAAGCCCAAAUUCUCUGUUUUGCCCUCUUAAUAUUAGAUCAAAGAAAGGGAUUUCUGGUGUAUUUUAUGUCAGGAUAUGUUGUGCAUGAGACCGUCAGACUCGCUGCUGUCAUACGCUUGUUAUUUCUCUUUAAAAGAAUAAGGGGAUUAGGAAAAACAGCUUUAUUCUGGAUUGACAGAAAUGUGUUUUGAAUGGAUUCUAAUACUCCUACAGUCAUAGGAUUCAUUCAGCACAUUAAGGAGCAUGCAACUGUUUAUAUCAAGUCAACUCCCAAGCAUCAUGUCAAAACAUGCUGUGUUAAAGAUUGUGAGAAGCGUCUGUUGUUGAACUUGAUUUGACCCAGAUGAAGGAGCCAAGUAACUGACACCCUCAGUCUCCCUGCAGUCAUGGAAGAGACAGCUUUCUGAAGAUGGUUGAGUAGCAACAUGAGCCCUGUUAGCUUCCCUUCUCUGGUCUGCUGUGACCAGGCAUGGUAGUCCUGGUGGGAUCCCUGGAGCCUUUUCAUCCAAUGGUAAACCUGGUGUGCAGUGCUGAUCUGAGGAUGUUCCUGUGUGCACUAUACGCUCCAGUCUGCACUGUGUACGGCCACGUUUCCAUGCCAUGCCGAUCCCUUUGCCAGCGGGCCAAGGAUGAGUGCCACAAACUCAUGGAAAUUUUUGGCGUAGCCUGGCCAGAUGAUAUGGAGUGCAGCAGGUUCCCAGAUUGUGACGAGCCCUAUCCUCGUCUAGAGGACCUGCUAACAGGCUCUGAACCCACUGACCAAUCAUCAAUGACCGUCCAAAGAGAUUAUGGUUUCUGGUGCCCCAGAGAGCUCAAGGUCGACCCAGACCUGGGUUACACUUUUAUGGGCAGGAAGGACUGUUCUGCCCCAUGCCCCUCAAUGUUCUUCAACCAGCAGGAGCUCACCUUCAUCCGAUACUUCAUUGGAGUUGUUUCCAUUGUUUGUCUGUCUGCAACACUCUUCACCUUCCUGACAUUCCUGAUUGAUGUUACAAGGUUUCGGUACCCUGAGCGACCAAUCAUCUUCUAUGCUGUGUGUUACGUCAUGGUGUCGCUGGUGUUUUUCCUGGGUUUCCUGCUGGAAGGCAGGGUCGCGUGCAACCCUGUCAGCCCUUCCCAGUUCAGAGCAUCCACCAUAACACAGGGCUCACACAACAAGGCAUGCACCCUGUUCUUCAUGGUUUUGUAUUUCUUCACUAUGGCCGGCAGUGUGUGGUGGGUCAUACUGACAAUCACUUGGUUCUUGGCUGCCGUGCCUAAAUGGGGCAGCGAGGCCAUUGAGAAGAAAGCCCUCCUCUUCCAUGCGAUUGCCUGGGGCCUCCCAGGGGCCCUGACCGUCACCCUGUUGGCCCUGAAUAAAAUCGAGGGAGAUGGGAUCAGUGGAGUGUGUUUCAUAGGGCUGUAUGACAUCGACGCCCUGAGGUGGUUUGUUCUGGCACCGCUCUGUGUCAAUGUGGCGGUUGGUGUCUCCCUGCUUUUAGUGGGCAUUGUCGCUCUGAACAGGGUGCGCAUGGAAAUUCCUCUGGAGAAGGAGAACCAGACCAAACUAGUCAAGUUCAUGAUCCGGAUGGGAGUGUUCUCUGUGCUAUACCUGGCUCCCUUGUUCACUGUGAUUGGCUGCUACAUAUACGAGCACACAUACCGGACGAUCUGGGAGAAAACAUGGAUGGAGAACAACUGCAGGCGUUAUCACAUCCCAUGCCCAUACAAGGUUGAGGAGACCAGCAGGCCGGCCAUGGUUUUGUUCCUAAUUAAAUAUCUGAUGAUGCUCGUGGUGGGGAUCCCCUCUGUUUUCUGGGUGGGCAGCAAGAAGACCUGUUUUGAGUGGGCCAGUUUCCUACAUGGACGCAGGCGCAAAGACAGUGGGGUGAAUGAGUCUCGCCAGGUGCUGCAAGAGCAGCCAGACUUUGCUCAGUCUCUGCUGCGUGAGCCCAACACCCCCAUCGUUAGGAAGUCCAGAGGGACAUCCACUCAGGGCACUUCCACACACGCCUCCUCCACCCACUUAGCUGUUCUAGACGACCUUGAUGAACCAGUUAGAACUCACCACGGGCACCCCUCCUCCACCAAGAGUAAGGCCAGCAGCGUCCACAGCAAGGCCAGCUACCACAGCAGCCUGCGGCGCACUCGAGAUGACAGGAGCGAUACCGUGGUUUACCGAGGUACAGAGGACCGCAGUUUCCAUGGCAGCAAUCCACGUCUCGACCAUCCGCUCUCCACUCACAGCAGCCUCCAUCAGAUAGACAGCCACUCGAGGCACAGCAGCCAGCGAGACGUGUCUGUGGCCCCACCUACCCUCAUCACACAUGGAACGACGGCGAGUGACGGCCGAGCGGCUGAGAACGAAGGCACCAACGCCUGAGACACUGGAUCAGUGAAAGGAUGGAGACGUGAAGCAGAUACACAGCAGUCUGUUUGUUUUCUUUUUUGAGGAUGGGGAAUGUGUCUCUGAGUGCUGUGUUGGUAAUCUAUGGUUGUUUGUGAGCAGUAACCAUGACUCCUCUAAAUUUUGAUGGAGUUUGGCUGUAAGGUGGACCAGUUUGCUCACUGAAUUAUUUUGAGUUUACACCUGGUCUGCUUGAUUCAACAGGCUGAGCCAACAGGAAUAAAUCCCCGUCCUCUUUUGGUGACACUCGAGACAUUAUUCAGGGAAAGCUAGCAAUGGAAACAAACAGACACUGAGAAAGGUGUCUCUCAGUCUGGUUGAUAGUGGCAUCAUCCAUAUAUUGGUGAUCAUCUUUCAGGACCUAUAUGAAUAUAAUGUUAAAUACCCGAACACUGCCGACUCCACUGCUCUGGAUUGCAGCUCUUAAUGAGUGAUGUUUGUCUUUGCGUGGCUUCAGAAAAUGGAAAAAAAAAUGGGCCUAAUGUGAAAUUAUGGACCUCUCUGUGGUUUGAGUUAUUUUUAUACUGUGAAGUUUGUCUUCUGCUGCUUCAUUUUGUGUGUGUGUGUGUGUGUGUGUGUGUGUGUGUGUGUGUGGGUGUGUGUGUGUGUGUGUGUGUGUGUGUGUGUGUGUGUGGGAAAUGGAGACAUGACUAGUGAUGCGUUUUUAAAUUUUAAUUCUCCCCUUGAGCUUGAAGGAGGGAGCUGAAAGACGAAACGUUUUCCAACCAUGAAUGUAAAAGGGUUGUUUCAGAGAGUGAUAAAAUAUGGCCAUGGCUGUAAUGGAUGAUCUGUGCUCUUAUUUACAUGCACAGAUAUUUAUUUCAAGUCAGCCAAAAAAGUAUUUUAGUACUGACAUAUACAAUAUAAAAGAUGGACAUAGCUACCAUGUAAUCACCCACUAGUUUGUGAAGUCCCACCUUGAAGCUUCGAUGAGCCAUCUUGCUGUUGAAACUGGAUGUGAUGGAAGAAAGCCGGUUUGACUGUGAAACUACACUCAUUGGCUAACAUCCUGUCAAUCACAAGUUAUCAUUGUUAUUAUUAUAUCACAAGUUAUUUUUAUUCAGCGUUAUCUCAAAUGAGUGGCUGAAACAAUAAACCCAGCAGAAAAGUGUUUCCAGAGGUCAGCUCAGAAAGCCCCAAGUUUUUUUUGGCCACCACAGCUGUCGCCCCCUGGUGACCGUAAAACAGAUUGCAGGUUUAAGGCAUUCACAACUGGAAGCCACGUCCAUCUUUUAUACUGUCUUCUGAACUGUCUGCACUGAGACUUGAACCUGGCAAAGAAGCGAUAAGGCAACUUUUUAAACAAGCGAGAUAAUAAUUUACACAACAAAUGCGUGCUCAGUGUUUUAUAAGAAUAAACGAAAUAGCAGGUAAAAAUCUAAAAUAUGCCUCCUGUGGCUUUACAAUCCGAUUAACAUACAACCCCGCGUUUUUUACCCUCUGAAAAAGAAAGCUGAUUGACGUUAGGUAAGAACAAAAUCUGUGCAUUCAAACCCCAUGGCUGCACAGAUAGGACUGUAAUUUUAAAUGGAAACAGAUAGCAGUGCUUCACAUGGGUUUCCUUUAGGAAGGAAGUGGAUUUUUUUUUUUAAAUGCAAUAAUCACCAAUGUACUAUAUAAACACCAAAACUGCUCCUGUACAUGCUCUGUGAUCAUCUGUAGUCCUGUUCCUCAGGCUCAAACUUGCCCAAAGAGGUGCAGACAACUGACAGUCCAACAUUAGAAAAAGAAAUGUUCAGUCAUUGUGCUUCAUGUUCUCUGACAUUUAUUUUCUACUCUGAGCAAAAGGAAAUGAAUAUUGUUUCAUGUUCAUGCAGCUCCGUUUGGUCCCUAAUCCUAGAAACCUGAUUAACCUACCUCACCUGGACCCUCAGCUUUCUCUGUAACAUGUUACUGGGUGCUGUUUUUGGAAAAAAAGAUACUGAUCCUAAACCUAACAUGAUCAGUUCUGAUAAAAAAUAACAUGUGGUGCUUAUUUGUGAAGAAUCUAAUCUCUCCUCGCAGUAGAAUAUCUGUAACUGUCUGUCUAUCCCACAGUCUACCUCUUCAGUUGAAGCCAGGCUUAUCCUCUGCCUUUCGCCAUUGCCUCGCUCCUCUCAUCUCUGUCUUGUUUUAAAUUUCUCAUGAGCAGCUACGUGCUGUCAGCUUGUCUGCCUGCAUAUUUCUUGUACAUAGAUUUUUUUUUUUUUUUUAUAAAUUCUGUACUGUGUGAUGACUAAUCUGCCUCACAUCUGCCUCCUCCUGUAAAUGUGCCCACGCUAAUCUUUUUUUGGACCUACAGCAACUGUCUGUACUCUUACAAGUCGUGACUGCUUACAAACAUCAACCGUCGUGCUUUUUACCUCCAAAUUAGACGUUGCAGUGAGAGACGCUGUCGUAAAUAUGUCAUAAACUCAACAUAAGGAGAGACGAUCUCGCUCAGCUGUUUGACGUCUUUUUCUUGUUCACUUACGUUAACAUUAAUCCCCCCACAGUGAGACACGAGGAAGAUUUCUGUCAUCCAGUGAUACAGCUUCAAAGUGAACUACAUUAGCUUGAAAACACAAUGGAUUUUUAAUGAUGCUUAAAAAAAAUGUGUAAGAAUUUUGUGAAUUUUGAAACUUGAGCUGUCUUUGCCUUUUAAUUUAUUUGCAGUUUGGAACUGUAACGAUGUCUUAUACAUGCAGUCUAAUAAACUUUUUUUAAACAGA